AUGGUGGAGGAAAUGAAAGGUAAAAUUCGAGUGUUCUGUCGAAUUCGUCCUGCCAGUCGCACUGAGUCGGCUCAGAGUGAAACUGUGGUUGUGGAAAAAGUAGACGAGUUUUCUGUAAAAGUGGAGACGAGCCGAGGAGACAGAGAGUUCCAGUUCGACAGAGUUUUCAGUUCUGAAGCUUCGCAAACAGAUUUGUUCCUGGACAUGAGCAGACUGAUCCAGUCAGCUAUCGACGGCUACAAUGUCUGCAUCUUUGCUUACGGACAGACGGGAUCAGGAAAGACCUUCACCAUGGUUGGAGACAAAGACCAGAAGAAUCCUGGGAUCAUGCCCAGAACUUUUAAUGCCAUAUUUGACAUCAUCACUGAGAACAGAAACAAAUUUGAAUAUCGGGUUUCCACCUACAUGCUGGAGCUUUACAACGACAGACUGCAGGACCUACUGGUGACCCCGACCACUGCGGCUGGGUCUUCUGCCGCUGAGUCUCAACAGUUCCAGGCAGCAGCGCACCGGGUGGAAAUUAAGAGGAACCGGAAGGGGGUAGUUUUUGCACAGGGAGCAGAGAAGAAGGAUGUUUCCAACGCUCGUGAACUUUACGCUCUUUUUAAACAGGCGUGUGCCAACAGACACAUCUCUGCCACUAAAAUGAACGUGGAAAGCUCUCGUUCCCACCUCAUCGUAGGAAUCACAGUGGAGAGUAGGAAUCUGACCAAUGGCAGUGUGAGCAGCGGAAAAGUGAGUCUGGUGGAUCUAGCAGGAAGUGAAAGAGCAGCCAAGACUGGAGCCAAAGACCAUCAGCUGAAGGAGGCCAACUUCAUCAACAAGUCUCUGAGUGCUCUGGGUGACGUGAUCUCAGCUCUGUCUGCUGAACUGCCUCACGUGCCCUACAGGAACAGCAAACUGACCCAGGUGAUGCGUGACUCCUUGGGCGGCAACGCUAAAACCCUCAUGAUCGUAAAUGUUUCACCUUCUGGAUGCAAUCUGGAUGAGACGCUUACUUCUCUUUGCUAUGCAACAAGAGUGAAGAACAUCACCAACAUCGCUCAGAGGAACGUGGAGAGCAAAGAGAUUGCUCACCUGAAGGAGGUUUGACCUCAGUUAUGUUCAGUUGAACACUGACCCAGGAAUGAUUAUCUAAUUCCCAUUUAUUUUUUGCUUUCUGACAGAUGAUCGUAAAGCUGAAGUCAGGACAGACCCUGGAGGAUGGGGAGGAUGUUUGACGUGUUUGUUGUGUUACUUUAUCUGUGAUAGUGUAUGAUAGUUAGG